AAAACAAGUGGUCAGCAAAAAAAGGAUUCGACUUGAAGAUACCUAAUAUUUAAUUGGAUAAAUUAAAACCUUCAGUAAUAUAGGUACAUAGGAUCUGCUAUCAAAAUAAAACAAUUGAACAUAACUGGCAUGCUAUGUUUUUUAUAUAUGCCAAUCGUCAAUAUACCCCUUACUUGAGUAAGAAUAGCGAACCAGUGUUAUGUAGAACGAUGUUAACAGAGUCAGGUAACAACGGAGUAAAAUUAAAUAUGUACAUUGUACAUAUGUAUUUAUGUAUAGUAGCCACAGCAUGUCUGGAUGUCUGCGCUCUAGUAGUCCCAGGUACUUCUGGCAGCUGUUGCGCAACUACACAUCUUAUAAGAAUGCGGUGGUGAUAGCGGCUGCCGUUAGGACACCGAGCUCUCCCUUCCGGGCGGAGGAGCAGCGACUGGCGGGCUUGGUGGUGGACGAACUGGUGAAGCGCACCAACGUGCCACGUGAGGAGGUCAACAAACUGAUAGUCUGCUCCUCCCUCAAGACUCAGGCUCCAGAUUGCAGGGCGCUGCUGUCCAACGUGGCCAAGGAGUUAGGCCUCAAGUGCGAGACCCUCACUCUGCAGGACGAUGUCUGCUCCAUAGGCGGCCUGCAGAUGACUCUGGACUGCCUGCAGCGCGGGGAAGACCAGUGCAUCAUUACGGGCGACACUCGUUGUCAGGUCAUUCAGCCAGAGCAUGGGGUACUGGCCAAUGAGAUGAUGCCCGUGCAGCAGCCCCGUUCUCGCAUACGGUCUGGAGCGGAACUGAUCACUGUGCCGGUGCCAGCACCCACGCUUAGCGCCGCUGCUCUCGCCUGGACCACUCUGCAAAUGGCCCAGCGUCUCAACCUCCAACCACUAGCCCUGCUGCGCGAGUUUGCAAUAAAACAGGACGACGAGCAGGCAAUGUACCGCCUGGCCAGGCGAGAGCCGAUCACGCCCAGCGAGAUCUUCUCCUGGACCAUGGUAACCGGCACGGAGAAAGCUAGACCAGAAAACAUUCUUGGUGACCUGAAUACCAACCGCCUGUGCAUGCAUGACUUUAGGCAGGUCACAGCUAGCCACCUGCUUACCCACCUGGUACACUCUCUUCCCUCAGGCAGUCUUGGAUGCGCCUACAUGGGCACGCCGGAUGGCCGCUCUAUGAUCAUGGUUCUCGAAAAGCUAGCGACCACAAUCGAUCAGUUGGAGGGCCUGCCGCUGCUCACUUUGUACACUAGAGAUCCGUGUUCAUUGUGCGAUGAAAUGGUGCAACAGCUGGAGCGGGGUUUUGCAGGCAGAUUUCGUCUGGAGAAGGUAUACAUCGACCGGAAGGAAAACGUUCGGUUCCUGCGCCUCUUCAGGCAUGACAUUCCUGUUUUGUUCUUCAACGGACAGUUUCUAUGCAUGCACCGAUUGAAUGAAAAUGCACUAGUAGAGCGAUUGGAUGGUCUGAAUCGAUCGUACUAAAGGUCGCCGUGUAAAAUCUGAAGAAAAUCCUUGAUUUUUAUAUAUACAGAAGUUUAAAGAAAAAGGAAGACUUAAUAAAAAAUUUGACUUUAAA